GGAGAGAUUAGUUUGGGAAGUAGCACGGAUUGCUCAUCCGAUCCGUUCAGCCGCAGCCAGUGUGUCAAAUUACAGAGGCGCCGGAAUCGGCCCCAACGCUUCUCGGCGGCGGCCACGACCCACCUCUGCCCAUGGGGCCCUCGGUGUGCGCCCCUUCGCGCCGGGACUGAAGCCGGCUCGCCCGGGAGACGCGAGACACCAAGAAGGACCGACAGCGCGGAACCAACUCCGGGACUCUGCAGAUACUUGAAGGGGGAAACGGCGGAGAGAAGGAGAGCCGGCCGGAUUCCCCUAACUUUCCUGGACUUGGAACGUUCUUCGAAGUAACUCUCUUCUCACCUGGGUCUACUACCGCUGUACUGCCAGCGGCAGCUGGUUGUGUUCUCUCGGCUCUCCCCCUCCUGCCGCUAAUUUUUCCAUCGUCUUUGCCGGGAGCAAAGGAAAGGGACAUUUCCCCCCUCCUUGCCCGCAGUUUGGAUCGCGCCUCUGGGCAGCGGCUCUCGCCUUUAUUUAUUCUAUUUAUUUAUUUAUUGGUUCUCAAGACGCAAGGGGAUGGUAGCAGAGCGCCCCCGCAAAGCGGCAGCCGCCGGUGCCCGCGGCCCCGGGGAGCUAAGCGCGCCCGCGACGGUGGCGCUGGCGGUGGCGCCGGCGGAGCGCUGCGCGCGGCUGCCGAGCCCGGGGUCGUGCGGGCUGCUGGCGCUGGCCCUGUGUUCGCUGGCGCUCAGCCUGCUCGCCCACUUUCGGACCGCGGAGCUGCAGGCCCGGGUGCUGCGCCUGGAAUCGGAGCGUGGGGAGCAGCAAAUGGAGACGGCUAUUUUGGGACGAGUCAACCAACUGCUGGAUGAGAAAUGGAAGCUCCACUCUCGGAGGCGCCGGGAGGCCCCCCCGAAGACGUCUGCAGGGUGUCACUGCCCACCAGGUAAGGAGCCCUGCGAAUAGGUGACCGGGAGGGGGCCUGGAACCGGAGGCCCCCUUAGUGGGCGUGAUCUCACCACACCUGCUCGCGGCAUCACUGUUGAUGUGAAAGAUGGGAAUGACGGGAUCUGAAAUGCUUACCUCCCCUCUGCUGGUCAACUGGCCCGCCCACCUGCCGUCUG